AGUAUCUCCUCAAACUUCGCAGCAGAAAGUGCAGCCCGGCUACGAGAUCGGAACCUGAUGAACAACGACAACAAGGCAAUCAUGUAGCGACGACAGUGUGCUUCGUCUCGUCCUCGCUGGCUUGCCGCUGCAAGACCAGGUCUAGCAAGCGCAAAAGCCGUCCACCCGCUCUGCGAGGCGGGGCCGCGAGCGCGGCAUCGGCACCAGGAUGGCCGACGUGCUGCUGACAACGACCUUGUAUCUGGUCUUUGCCUUCUGCUUCUCGUUGUUCAACAUUUUGCAGACCAGUGUCUCCACGUCCAACGAGAUCUAUCAGUCCCUGUAUCAAAGUGAAAAAUGCCCUCACCCCCGAACUUGGACGCAUUUGUAUUGCAAACCUUUCUGUCAACCGAAUUUUCACGGUGUGAAGACAAUCAACGACGAAGAAACGCGGGCGGUGUGAACACUGGCCAUCUUGCAUGUCAAGCAGAAUCUAGGUGGGAUUCAGUGUUUCUAAGUCGCAAUCAAUCUAUGGUGACUAUCGUCACAGCCUGUGGGGAAAAAUUUAGCGUUCCAGACAACACACAAAUUUUGAGUUCUCAGUCAAGGGGGUAAAACAUGAAAGUUCAAAUUUGUUCUAAUCGCCCUAAAUUUAUGAAAAAUAUCAGAUCAACAAUCGUUGAUCGUCACUAGUAUACAGUGCGGGAUUAGAGUGAACUUCAUUUUUGUUCCUUCUCAUGAACUUCGUGAUUUGCAUGAGACCUCAUUUUGAAUCAUCAUCGUAGCAUCGUGAUUUACAUCGUGAUUUCAAUUUAGUCAAUUCAGAUCGGGAUGCUUGUCAAGAACAAACUCUUGAUCAUGCUUACAUUCCCCCUUCCGAAUGAACAUGAAAUCAUCUCGAGAAAUCUUAGAUGUGAUGAAUUCGUGUGAAAUUCGAAUCAAUAAAUCCUAGAGAUUAUUGAAAUCGACAAAAUGAGCUUUCGCAAAUACUUCAUUAGCUUUUCUUGCGGGAGCUUUGAAGAUUUGGAUAUACUUCUCUCCUGGAAGUGGUUUUGUCAAUCCAUCCGCUAGAUUGAUAUCUGUGUUUACAUAGCACAAGUCUUUUACGUAGUCUCGUACUAGGUGUAGUCGAAGACUCAUGUGCUUGGAUCUUUUCGUGGCUACGGUUGUCUGACUCAACGCAAGCGCGGACUUGUUGUCGUUGAAGAUCAACGGUAGAGAUCCUGACUCUUGUUCUGAAAACCAGUUCAAAUAUCCUUGGUCCAUAGUCAUCCUUACACAGUCAUACAUCGCGCAAUACUCGGCUUCCAUUGUUGACGUAGCUCGAAUCGAUUGACGUUUCGACUUCCAACAGAUGGGAACUCCGCGUCGAUAUAGGAUUGUUCCUGACGUGGAUCGAAAACUUACAGAACAUCCUGCAAAAUCUGCAUCGCAGAAAGCAAUAGUGUCUCUGUAUUCCUUGUUUUCUAGCUCUGCGGCUUUUGUGUAGAUUUCUUUGAACUUUUUCUCUUGCUGCUUGCUGUAUUCCAAUCCUUGCGAUUUGGUUCCUUUCAAAUACGCCAGAAUACGCUUAGCAUCUUUUACCGUUUGGUCGGUUGGACUAGCUACCUGCGUCGCUACUCUUUGUACUGCGAAUGCGAUAUCAGGCCGGGCAACGCAACUGAUAUACAACAUUCCGCCUACUAGCGAUCUUAUCGGAAAUGUGGAAUUCGACGGCGAGUCCAAGUCUGCGUGGGAAUUUGGUAAACAUGGGGAAACUACUGCGCGGCAGUCCUUCAUGUGAAAUUUCUCAAGCAGCUUAUCAAUUGCGUCUUCGCAAGUGAUUUUCAUGACUCUCUUUUUCGCGUUGAAGGUCAACUUUGCGCCGAGAAGGUCGCGGAUCUCAUUGCCUUCCUUGUCAUAUUCUGCGAGAAUUUCUUUUCCUGGGAACUCUGCUAAAAUUGCAUUCAUUUCUGCAGCGACAAGGUCAUCAUCUUCGCCUGAGAUAAUGUUGUCAUCUACGUAAACUGCUAGCCAGAGCUCUUGCUCUUUUCCCUGUUUGUCUUUUGCAAACUUCUUGAACAAACCUGGUUCGUGUUCGGAUACAACCCAGCCUAACUUCUUGAGUCUGCCGGAAUAUUCGUCAUACCAGCGGCGUGGGCUGAUCUUCAGACCGUAUAACGACUUUAACAGCCUGACAACAUCGCCUUUUUCUUUGUUCUUGCUCCAGCUGUUGUGCUUGGGCAGGCGACAUAACACGAUCUCGUCACCUAGAGCUGCACGCACAAACGCAUUUGAAAUAUCGAACUGUCUAACUUUCCAUCCGCGUGCUGCUGCUUCAACAAGUAAAUACCUGUUAGCGGCAUGGCUCACAGUUGGGCUGUAUAUUUCUCCUUGAAGAGAUAGCUUUUGCCUGUUUCCUAGUGCUACGAGACGACACUUGUAGCGUCCGUCUCUCUUCUUCGUGUAGAUGCAUACCGUCGGGAUAAUCUCUAACUUAUCACCCAUCUCUUUGAUGUCUUCUGCGGUUGCAUGCCUCCACGUAUUUGCUUCUUCUAGCGCUAGGCGUUCUUUCGUAUCUGACUCGAUCCAUUUGAUUGCGUCAGGACUUUCCAGACACUUGGCCCAAGUGUGCUGCAAGCCAAAGAGGUAAGGAGUUUCGUCCUCCUCUAAUUCAUGACGAAUCUGGAAUAUAGCUUCUGCUUCUUUUUCAAAUUCCAUCGGUAGAUCUUUCAAAAGGUCAGAUGACGACACAAGAUUGACUUUCUGCCUUUUCUUUGCUCGAGGGCCACGACUUUGGCCUUUGUCGUUGCGUUCUUUGCGCUUUUUCUUGUCAUGCCCUCGGCCCUUCUUGCGAAGUUUCUUUCGUGUAGGUCCUUCAACGAGGAUCCUAGGCGCUUCUUGUGUCUCGUUCUCUUUUUCAUCAGCAUCAACUGUAUUAGACUUUCUUUUUCGAUUUCCAUUCUCAGCUUUCUUUUUCUGCUUCGGGGAUUUUUCAGGCGCCUCCUCUGAAAACAAAUCGAGCCAAUCCUGAUUAGGGUUUUGAUUUUCCUCGCCCCCUUCCUCAGGUUGCUCACCCCCUUCGAAACUCUUGCCCUCGUCGUUUUCGACGGUUUCUUUUUCCUUCGAACUGCGUUUGUCCGCAUCUUCUUCAUCUUUCGAACGAUCGGUCCUCGGAGCGUCCUGACCACGACUGCUUUGAUCAUGAUCUACAGCGGGCACAUUCGGCUCUACGAGCUGCGAACUAUCACCCAGACGCGCCGGAUUCGGAAAAUCAAUUAACAACUUGUCAGCGUCCGGCUUCAGAUCAUCUAUCUUGCUGACCAGCACUGAUUCAUCAAACUUACAACACUUCACCUCGUGGACUCCGAAGCGGAUUUUGGAGCUUUUCUUACAUCGACCAUCUGCGGACCACAUGCCUACCAGGUAUGUAGAAUUUUCUUGGGCGUAGCCUAGAAAGAUUCCACGGGUAAACCGGUCUUCAAGCUUCGACUUCUGUGAGUGAUCCUUCGCGUAUACCAAGCAUCCGAAACGUCGGAAAUACUUGAUGGAAGGUUUUCUUUUGAAGCGUUUUUCAAAUGGCGACUCGCCUCCUUUGGCUGUAGGGGUUCGGGCGAAUAUGUGGGAGAAAGUGCGUGCUGCAUAACUCCACAUACGCUUAUCGACUCCGACCAUCAUUGCCCUCACUCCGUUCUGGUGAGUUUGAUUGUAUCUUUCAACUUUUCCAUUUUCUUGUGGUUCGUAUGGAGCUGAGUAGUCAGUAUGAAUCGGCGGGGACUGUUUCUGUGCUGUCUUUUUCCAAGUGCUACCUGGUUCCUUGAACUCUUUGGCAUUGUCGGAUCUCACUCUUUUCGGUGGUCCCUCUUCAUUUAUCCAGACCUGCAGCUUUGCGCCUGCUUCUGCUUUGCUCUUGCAGAUGAAAGAACGAGGCCAGCUGGUUGCUUGAUCGAUGGCAUUUAGCACCCAUCUUUGCGACCAGUAGUCAGGUUCCCACGGUCCAGUGAAGUCAAAAUCAACUUGGUCAUUGAAUUUUUCAACUUUGUAGCAUUCUUUCUUCGCUUUUGCAUGUUGCGCGCCUUUGCUUUUCGCGAGAUCGCAGGCAGGACAUCGGACUACUAUUCCUGGUAGACUACGAUGUCCAGCACGCUGAUGAUCAAGAAGCAUUUUCUCAGCCUUUGUCAUCAUAGUGGACUCUGUCUCGAUCUCUUCGCACAACAAACCCUUUUCACCUGGAUCUUCGUUGAACCCAAGUGCCACGGCCGGCAGCUUGGUUCCGAUCCCUUUGUGAAGAAAAAUUCUCUUUCCUGUCUUCCUACUUUGCAAGUAGUUGCCCCCUUCGUCGAAAACAACUCUAUAGCCUUCUUUCUUCAGUUGCUCGACACUGAGGAGGGUCUGUGGAAGGAAUGGAUGGAAUAUUGCACGCUUGCAACCAAGUGCGUUUGGUUUCAAUGUGCCAAAAUAUCCAGGGCCAUCCAACUCUUUUCCGUCUGCUACAGUUAUUCGCACUGGAUUACUGUCGUCCCAAGAUUCGAAAAUCUCUGGUCGGCCCGACAUGUGACUUGUUGCGCCACUGUCGCAAAUUGCAUCAUCGACACAAUUAAAAGCUGUUUCAUGAUUUCGGUGCUGCUCGUCCUUUUUAUUCCGAUGAGCAUCGUUCGCCUCGCGCACCUUCCUCAAUGCUGAUUCGCGAACGCUGUAGAGGUGUGCUAGCUUUCUUGCUGUGUACUCGGGCGAAUGAUUUUGCUCGCUUUCUUUUGCUACGAUUGAAAAUACUGCAUCUUGUGACAGAUUGCAUUUUUCAACUCGUUCGGCUUUGGACGCAUCCGAAACAUGAGAUCGAGGAAAUAAAAUCUUACGGAUUUCGCGAUCGGUCGACUCAAGAGCCUGGACUUGUUGUGUCAUAUUUGCCAUCUCUGGGGUUGCAAAUUGCUCAGCAAGCUCCAGCUCUGCUCUUUUUCGUUUUCCUUUCAGCUGUCUCGUUGGACCAGCUGCAUCAUUGGUACAAAUUUCAUCUUCAUUCUUAUCGAGAUUCGAGAAUAAAUCAUCCAUAUCGAUUAAUGAUGAAGAAUCUGGAUUGAAGAUGUCAAGCUUGCUGUCGAACACACAUUCAUCUUCUUCAAAAUGACUUGUAGUCACUGGUGGUUCAUCACCAGGUGGUUGUUCUUUUUGUGGGGGGUUCUUUUGGGGGGGUAUUUUUGUUAAAAAUUUAGUUGAAAAACAUCGCGAAUAAUUUGUAUUAUAACAUCGAGUUUUCGUCAGCCGUAAGAAUAGUUUUCUUACUUUUUGUAGUUUGUGUAACAAGCUACUUUUCUUCGAAACACCAUCUAAGACUCAGUAUUUCCUACCCUUCUUUCCUUUUCCUUUCUUACCUCCACCCUUCGGCUUGUCGUUGCCCUUGCGAACAGUAUUCGUGUUGUUACCCUUACCGGAAUUCUUAUUGGAAGACUUGUUAUUGACCUUAUUGCCGUUUUUGUACCAGCAAUCCUUGGUGUUGUGGGAUUCCGAAUUGCAAUUCGAACACCACUUGGAAUCUCCUGCGUAAUUGGCCGCAUGACUGUCGUCAUUGCUACCAGCAGUGUGAUUCUGGGUCAAGUUCGGAUUUUGCGCGAUCAGAUUCGCAGCGGCUUGCUGGAUCAGACUCGGCAUCUCUUUCUUCAACAUAUUGGAGAACAUCUGCUUCUCACGGUUCUUCUGAACGUGAUCCGGGCGCGGGCCAUGCUGGUUGCGAGAAUUCUUGUUGCGGACCAGAUUAGCUUUGUGCUUCGUGGUCUCUCCGUUGCUAGACAGAGCGCGUUCUUCCUCGACCAUAUGAUUCUUGGUUUCUUCGAAACUGAAUCCAUUAGCCAAGGCACGCUUGUUGCACUCAUCGAAUUCCUCGCGCAUGUUCCCGAAGAUACAGUGAUAGCGUAACUCUUCGGCCGUAACUUUAGCGCCCAGUUUGAAAUUCCAGAAGUUCUUCAGUUUGUCAAUAUGUUCUUCCACGGUUUCAUCUUCACCCUGCUUGCUGUUGAAAUAUUCCUUGAUCAACAUGCGGCGGGCACCGGCGGUCUGCGGGUUAGCCUUUUCCUUGAUCUGAAGCAUCAACCAGACUACACACGCGUCAGCCCCGGGCUCUUCCUGAAUGUCCUGAGCUUUGGCUCGGGCCUUUCCGGUUAAGGAUUUGAAUACUGUACCAUACAACUUCGCGUAAGCUGAGCGCACUUCGGUUGUGUAGGUGGGCCAGAAGUCGUUUUCGUGUUUGCCGUCAGCAACCCACUGGUCGCAGGCUAACUGAUCGACCUCAUCCCACUUGUCCAUGCAGACUUUUCCUUCUAAGUCCUCUUUGAACUGGGGACCGAUGUUCAACGAGAACGCCUGAGCGAUCACGCUACCCUUGAACGUCUGGAAGUCCUUUCCAGUUUCUCCCUCGUGUUCCGCGUCGUACAGCAUUCCGACGGUGCCGGAAGUGCUCGGACGAUGGUCAUCACCCGGCGCCCCCAUCUUUUCACGAUGAGCACGCGCGUCGCGGUUGUGUCGUCUGUUGUACUCGGUACACGCGUAGGCGGCUACCUGUACAAGAAAUUUGCAAUCGAAUUCAGAUGGUAUUCAGCAUUUCAAAUGCGAUCAUCUUGUUGAAUUCACGAUGCAAUUACAGACAAAAUCAGAAUUACGUUUAGACUUCUAUUUUCAAAAACCGAUGUAAUUCAGUACCUUUUUCGUGGCCUGCUGUCGGGUCCUUGCUCUUGUACCGGCCUGCUGCUCGGUGCGUUAAAUCCGCCGCCCAAAACUGUAAUAGUUUUUGUUGGGGAGGAUUAACAUGCGAUUUUUGUGCUCUUGCCAUGUGUGCUCGCAUUCAAAAUUUCCAAUGAUUUUAGAAAACAGACCGAAAAUAAGUACACUUUUAGCACCUGUCUUGUUCCUCGCUCGAUGCUUCGGCAAAGGUUACGGGCUUCGUAGCGCGCACCUUUGGUCGCUUUGUCUCUCUUGCACCUGUGUAGGUGUAUGAUUACAAAUUCUCUUUUACUUUCAAACAGCCUCUGACCGUGUAUCAGCAAUUGAUAUCACGGCAGCAAAUCACCACUGUUGGUUGAUUUGAACUCGGUGGCUGGGGGUUAUUUUGCCUAAAUUUUUAGUUCAAAUUCAAACAAAAAUUCUAUUCAAAAACACUACCAAAAAUUCAAAAUUUUCUUUAUUUUUCUUCGUGCUUUUAGUACCUUCCUGCGGGUCUUGGUGUGGUUGGUGGUUUGGUUCUGGUCCUGGCUUGGUAGGUGUUGUCGUGUUGCGGGGGGACCAGGCUUGGUAGUUGUUGUCGUGUUGGCACUGGUCGUGUCUUGGUGUCAGCGCUCAAGGCUGUGCCGUUAGAAUGUCAACCGAAUUUUCACGGUGUGAAGACAAUCAACGACGAAGAAACGCGGGCGGUGUGAACACUGGCCAUCUUGCAUGUCAAGCAGAAUCUAGGUGGGAUUCAGUGUUUCUAAGUCGCAAUCAAUCUAUGGUGACUAUCGUCACAGCCUGUGGGGAAAAAUUUAGCGUUCCAGACAACACACAAAUUUUGAGUUCUCAGUCAAGGGGGUAAAACAUGAAAGUUCAAAUUUGUUCUAAUCACCCUAAAUUUAUGAAAAAUAUCAGAUCAACAAUCGUUGAUCGUCACUAGUAUACAGUGCGGGAUUAGAGUGAACUCCAUUUUUGUUCCUUCUCAUGAACGUCGUGAUUUGCAUGAGACCUCAUUUUGAAUCAUCAUCGUAGCAUCGUGAUUUACAUCGUGAUUUCAAUUUAGUCAAUUCAGAUCGGGAUGCUUGUCAAGAACAAAUUCUUGAUCAUGCUUACACUUUCCAAAUGAAACAUUCGCCCUCUUGCAUCUAUCAGCAUCACAGAUUUCCAAUCGUGAAUAGCAAAAAUGUGUAUUGCAAAAGACCCCAGCCAGAGUGGCGCUUUUCAUGCAAGCGAUACGAUACACACCCAGACUCUGCAUCAGAAAGAUUCGUACUUCUUUCAUGCAUAACAAAAAGUUUUCAUUUGGAAACUUCGCAUCACAAAUGUUUGCGACUUUGGGGAUGGGGGCACUUUUCACUGUAAUACCCUGGUGCCGCGCUUCAUCCACACGCCAUGGAGCAUCGGGCCCGAGCGAUACUUCGACGACAUACGCACCGCGGACGAUGUGUACAUCUGGCUGCGCCGCGUGUUCACGCCCGCCGUGUACCAGGGCAUAUCGGUGAUGAACGGAGAUCCGACCUUUUGCACCAAGCACAGCCGCUGCCUUAUGGGCCAGGGACCCUCGAUCACCGACGACGUAUCGAGUAUACUUUCAUUGUUUUAGUUUACGUCGUCGCACUCAUGACAAAGACAAUGACCCGAGGUUGGUUGUUGUAGUGCCACUCCGGUCUUAUAUCCAAAAAGCCACAUUUAUUUUCGCCCGACCUCUUGCUUUUCCUCUGGUUGUUCUGCUUCUGGUUCAUACGACCACCCCUGUAGUACUCAUUGUGUACAAUUCAUCAAUGACAUGCCAAUCCAUCCAUUGAUUGUAACCGUUAGUGAACAAAUCUCUGGUCUCGUCCACAUCAGGCCUGCCACCCGUUUUUGCACAGAGGGCGGCAGAACUGCAAUCUGUGGAUGGGGACAACGGGGACGCCGGGCGCGGGCUGCUGCGAGGCUUGCGAGAACCGGACCGCAACCGGCGGCACCGCGUACGAAAACGACCUGUGCACGGGGGACACGCUGGUGGACUUUCCGCAGUACGACUGGAAAUUUGACAAGCGGGUGGACGACCUGUCCCUGGCCUGCGCGGUCCCGGAGGACACGCCAGCAUACAUGAACGACUUCCACGCCGGUCUGCAGGGCAUCGCCUCUUUUUGCCCCGAGCUGCUCAGCAAGAAGACGGGGGAAAACCAGCACCGGCGUUUGCAGGAGUUCAACCAGAUGCUGUUCGUCCGGUUUUCGCUGAAGCGAUCGAAACUGCAACCCUUCUCGAACGACCGGUUCUCGUCGAGCUACAAGAUGGUGAAAGUGGAGCCCACGGGCUCGGUGACCAACAGCGACCUCACCGUGGAAGACACGGCCGUGUUCGCGCCGACCCGGAAGACCCCGUACACCGAGAACGACGGCUACGCCAACGCCGGGGCCUUCAUCGAGUACCUGCACCCCGAGUUCUCCUUCCAACGGGCCCAGAAUUUGGUGUUGGAGAUGAAACAGCAGAACUACUUCGACCAGGUGAAGUUCUCCAGCCUGCUCGCCGAGGUGACCUUCUUCAACGGCAACGUGGACAUGUUCCUCCACCUCGCGUUCGCGUUCGAGAUGCAGGCGAAUGGGCUGGUCCGGGCCAGCUUCAGCGCGGUCCCCUUCACGCUCAACCUGUACGCCAACCGCGCGAUCACCUACUUCCGCCUCUUUCUCGAGCUCGUCGUGCUCGUCCUGUUCGGCUUCUUCGUGAUUGACGAGUACAGCAACUUCGCGGACGGGCCGGUGAAGUACCUGAAAAAGCCGCUUUCCUGGCUCGCGAUCAUCUCCCUCGGCUUCACGGCGAUCACCAUCAUUUUCUACCUGGUCCUGGUGCUGUCCCACGACUUUGCGGCGUUGACCCUCCCCCUGGCGCACUUGGAGGACAACCGCGUGAUCACCGAUGAGUGGAUCAAGCAGAUCAAGUCGCUGCAGUUUCUCUCGGAGCGCGCGGAGGCGGUGGCCGGCGUCGCCUCCGUGAACAUAUGCUUUCUCUUCCUCCGCCUGCUCACCUUGAUGUCAGCGGUGAGCCCGAACUUGGGCCUGGUGCUGCAAUCCCUGGGGCAGGGACAAGCCAGCCUGGCCUGUUUCUUCUUUCUGUUUCUGUUAUUGUUCUGCGGCUUUGCCCUAUCGGGGUACCUGCAGUUCGGCGGCAGCGUCGAAAUGUUCUCCACCUGGUACAAGGCCUUCCUCACCUGCCUUCGCAUGACCAUGGGAGACUUUGACUUCAAGGAGCUCAGAAGUACGUGACUUUUCGUAUAUGAGUAACUUGGUGAGUUUGCGUUUGAGGUGGCACUUGUUUGACGAAAGCGUGUAGAAAUAAAAACUGAUUGCGCGGUUCUCUUGAGAAAAAUGCUGCUUGGUGUGAACUUGCUGUCGGGGCUUUGGCUUUCUCUACAACAACUUGCCGCAUUUUUUGAUAAGUACAAUCGCCAGGUUCCGCUCAGACCCCCGUGAUCGCAAUCGCGUGGUUUGUGAUUUUCAUGGCGAUCUUUGCGCUGGUCUUGAUCAACAUGUUUCUGUCGAUCAUCGUCUCCUCGUACAACAAGCAGGUGAAGUUUCUGAACGAGGAGAUCGAGCUGCACGGGGAGAUCGACUCGCUGAAGAUUUUUUUCAAGAAUGCCGUGGCCUACAUUGGCCAGUACCUGCAGUUCUUCGAGCGGUUGAAGAUGAUGGCGACCCUGAACGCCUCCACCAGCGGUAGCAAGAAGCUCAAUUUCGAGCUGAUCGGCAAGCUGCGCGCGCAAAAGAAGGCGGAAAUCUACCCCGGCAGCAUGCACUGCCUCGCGAUCACGUCGCUGUUUACCCUGUUUUUCAUCGCCAUCACGCGCAUCUGCCGCAUCACGGACGCGUUCGCCUACCGGCUGUCCACCAUGACGGACCUCGAGCGCGCGCAGUGGUACACCCAGCCCGACGAAACCGUGGAGGCCAGCAUGAAGCGCACGUUCGCGAGCUCCGGGGUGCGCACCAUGGCCGACGUGGAGCACUGGGCCAAGGCCGCCAUCAUCGACAACAUGUACCACUGCGUGACGUCCUCCAACGAGGGCAGUCCUCUGUCGUCCUGCCGUGCGGAGAGCGCAUUCAACGACGACAACGCGGGUGGCGAAAUCUCGCACGACAUUCUGGCCACGUCGAACGCCCGCCACCCGCGGACCCGGGAGCACAAGAACUGGGCCUUGUACAACGGACAGCGCGUCGGCUACAAUUUAGAGGACCUCUAUUCUGAGUAAAAACGUCCCCACCCCACAGUUGUCAUGCAAAUCUGCAUACCAAAAAUAAAAAGUUUGUCAUGCGUAGCGUCACGAGAGGCAUUUGUGUUUUGGAAUUUGUGAUGCUAUAAUGAUAAUCAGCAUUAUGUACUAGAUCUGUGAUGCUGCUGAACUACCCAAAGAGGAUUACACUACGAGGGCAAACUUGUCAUGCCAAACGACCAAAGCUGGCUGAUUUGUCUAGCAGAUUUCCCAUCUUGACUCUGGUGUGGCGACGUUUUUACAAAUGAUAAUCCCCACCAGUACUUCACGCCCGCCUCUUUGGAAUCCGCGGCGGGGGCGACGUUGAAGAGGACGCCGGGCUUGGCCGAACAGACCGUGGUGGACGCACUGCGACAGGAGAAUGUGAUGUCCCUCGGGUACUUUUUCGACGUGACGCUCGACGAACAGCGGUCCGAGGUGGCGGGUACGCUGUACGCCAACACGAGCAUCUAUGGAAGUGUCAGAAUCGAAAUUGACGAAGUCGAAAAAUUUGUGAUGCACAAAAUCGAUACCAGUUGAAGCCUCAGUUUUCAAGUGGCGCAUGACAAAUUUUGGGAGCACAAAAAUCCAGUUUGUCAUGCUGUUUGGGCAAAGAAGACUGCUCCUGUCCUGCUGCUCUGGCAGCACAUCGCCCUCCUCUAAACAGGCUUGCAAUCGGUCUCAUUUGCCUGCUCCCCAACACAGGCCACGCGCGCCCUACAUUUUACGCAUUACAAGUUUUUCGAUUUUGUCGAUUUCGAUUCUGACACUCCCAUAGCAUCGCGCUGCACGAGUUCACCCCCCGCCUGCGCCAGUGGAAUCUGGGGUCUUUCACCACCGACAACUUCGUCCGCCUGAUCAUCGAGCCCUCGUGCUACAAGCCGAACCCGGCGGUGCGGUGGCAGCAGGGUUACCCCUAUGUGUUCGACUCGGACGAAACCGAGCUCGACGGCUGUGUGGACUUCCUCUCGCCCAGUCUCGCGGGGGCCUCCGCGGGCACCGCGACGGCGUCCGUGAACGGCGUGACUACGGUGAUGGGGAUGGGCGUCCACAAUGUGACCGGCGCGGACACGGGUACGCAGUACGUUCUCGCGAAGAGCACCGACGACCUCGACACCACAGACCCGAAGCGGCAGCUCCCCACCCAGGGCUACGUGGUGGGACUGGGCAAGACCCGCCUCGAGGCCGAGCGCGUGCUGCGCAUGCUGCAGGACGACGGGCUGUUUUCCACGCAGUCGCGAAAGUUUUCCUUCGAUUGGGUGUUGUACAACGCAAACUACGACCUGUUCUCCUACAACACCGCGGUCUUUUCCUUGCAGGCCAGCGGCAAGAUCGACACCCACCUGUCCAGCACCUCCUUCCCCGUCGCGCACCUUUUUUCGGGGGGGACCACCGAGGCGCUGCUGAGCGACAGGAACGUCAAUUUCGUGUUGAUGCUUCUCUACGUGGUAUCCUGAGUAAAAACGUACCCACACCAUAGUUGUCAUGCAAAUCUGCAUGCUUAAAAUGUUUGUCAUGCGGAGCCCCAUGAGAAGCAUUUUCUAAGGGUGUUUUGAAAUUUGUCAUGCUCCAAUCAGCAUGAGAGACUAGAUCUGUAAUGCUGCUGAACUAGCUCAAACAGCACUACACUACGCGUCCAAAUUUGUCAUGCGAAACAAGCAAAGUUGGCCGAUUUGUCUAGCAGAUUUUCCAUCUUGACUCUGGUGUGGGUACGUUUUUACCCAGGAUACGUGGUUCUGGUGAUCUGGGUCACGUUCGGCGUCAUGAUCACGGAUAUCAAAUGUAAAAAUGUCUGGGUCCGGAAGAAUGCAACUUGUCAUGCUAAUUUCGGAUUCUAAAAAAAUCUGUAUUGCAUGGGCAGCAAAGAGAGGCCAAGUUUUGCUACACGGAAAGAGCAUUUGUCAUGCGGUAUAGGCAUCAGGAAGCCCUCACAAAAUCUGUGAUGCCAGGGCAUGCAUCACAGGCAUCAGGAGUCAUGCAAAAUGUGCAUGACAAACCUGGCAAUCUUCCAGACCCAGACAUUUUUACAAUCCAUAACGGAGCUGCUCCUGCAAAAAGAAAUCUCGGAGGAGCUCGGCCGCCCCUUCUACGGGUUUCUGAUCGACUUUUUCCAGGAGGACAGCUACCAGUACGUCAGCGCGAUUUCCGCGAUUGCCAACAUAGCGGUGAUUGUGUCCUGGAUGCAGUUUGUCCACUCGCCAAUACACGAGAAAAUUCUCAACAAACCCGCCGAGCAACGGGCGGACCGCGUGUCCCGGGAGAGCAGUACGGAAAAUUAUACUUUAUUGUCCUUUUGGUUCUGGCGAUUCAUCGCCUUAUUCACACGGUAGAAGUUGCGCCAAUUCAUUAGUACAACAGGGAUCAUGAAUGAAAACAGAGCAAUCUCGUCCCACUCCGUCUCAUCUUGCCACUGGCGCUGCAUCGCUCGCAUUCCUGAAUAAGCCUAUAAUUUUUGAAUUCCCACACAUUUUCCCAGUCGUCGAGUGGAAAGACCAGCAGACGUUGAACCUGUUUGCCGAAGCCGCGAGCCAGUGGGGCACGUUCGUGGCGUGGAGCGCGAUCAACUCCUUCUUGCUGGCCUUGCGCAUCCUCAAGUACUUCGGGGAAAUCACCGCUAUCGUGAACUACAAGCAGGACGAGAACCCGGUGGAGGAAAUCGACUAUAUCUGGGACGACAGCAUCGAGAAGCCGGUGGUAGGCACCCAGUCCUUCCCGCGCAUCGGCGGCAUCGGGGCUGCCGAGACGGCCGGCGUUCGUCCCGGAUGGAUUGUGACCCACAUCAACGACGUGCUCAUGGUGGUGCUGCUCGACCUAUCAAAUGUAAAAAUGUCUGGGUCUGGAAGAAUGCAAAUUGUGAUGCUGCAUUUGGAUUCCAAAAAAAUCUGUAUUGCAGAAGUAGCAAAGGGAGUGCUCGUUUUGCUACGCUGAGAAGGCAUUUGUCAUGCGGAAUAGGCAUCAAGAAGCCCUCAAAAAAUCUGUAUUGCUAGGGUAUGCAUCACAGACAUCAUGGCUCAUGCAAAACGUGCAUGACAAGUGUCAAAAUCUUCCAGACCCAGACAUUUUUACAUUUGAUACGACCGCGCCCGCAAGGAAGCGGCGGCCAACGGCGACCCGUUCGCGGCAAAAAUCUGGUUUGAGCACUACAUCAACGGGCUCGAGAUUCCCUGCCAGAUCUCCUACCGGUCCAGCACGGGCAUGAUCGGCACUCUGGUGAAAGCCCUCGCGCGCUGCAUCGACCAAGUGGCGAAAUUCACGUUGGUCCUCUUGAUGCUGCUUCUGGGCUUCGCCAUUCUCUUCCACCUUCAGUUCGGCACCAUCCUGGAGUCGUUUGCCAGCCCGUUUCGAGCCGUGCUGUCCCUGUUUCGCUUCAUGAUGGGCGACGUCUUUGCUUUGCAGGAUCUUUUGGGUAUAGUAUCCACGUGCUUUUUUUAUUUUUGCCGCACUUUCUUUAUAUUUUCAUUUUCGCUGCGGCGGUCAAUGACCUUUUCCCACUUUCAUCACGUCAACAGCCCUCGCGUUUGCACACCAAUGAGCAUGGAGGCGCAGCAACAGCAAGUAGGAAGAAAUUCGUUCUCUCCUUUCGCUCCAGUUAGUACUAGUAGUACUAGUAGUACACAAAAAGAAAAACAAAAAGAAAAAUAAAACGAACGACCAGAUGCGAAAUACACCUUCACGUACGUGUUGUUCUGGGUUUUUCAGUCGACGUUUUUCUUCAUCCUGAGUAAGCAAUUUCUGGCCGUGAUGGUGUACUCCUGGAAAGUGCACCGCGAGGAGAAGCAGGUGUACGGCAUCUUCCGCAACGCGGCGCUGCUUUGCGAAAACGCGCUCACCUCGAACAAGGUGCUGCUUUCGGUGGUGAAGCUGUUCGGUCGGGGCAAGGGUAAACAGGAUGAAAGCACCGUGAUGGAGCCGACGGGGGAUCACUUCUGGCAAAAGUGGCAGAUGCUCCGACAUCUGCUGCUGCUCGACGGCUUGUCGACAACCGGUCGUAGUGUCUAUGCCGCACACCACCACAGUAGUACCGGCUCUCCCGCGGGGGGUGGCACGACCGCGCACGGCGAAGGCGCGGGAGGUGGGG